CGGCUACUAUAGUACCUGAGAAGUUCAACGGCCUAACGCUCUCGUAUUCACCGGUGAACGUUGAAAUUUAUUGAUUCUGGCUCAGAUAUCGACAUGCAUUAUGCGUUGCUCAUUCCAGAUGUCCGAGCCCAUAUCUUCGCCUCUAUCAAGGAAGAUAGGCAAUUGGGUCGAUGUAGCUUUGCCAUGUUAGCCAGAACCUGCAGUGCCCUGAGCGAGGCCUCUCUGGACGUUCUGUGGAGCGAACUGGAUAGUUUGCGUCCACUAGCAUCAUGUAUUUACGCAGCAAAUACUUUGUCGUCGAGCGAUGAGCUCACGAUUGAAGCCAACGAUGACACGAGGCCAAAUUUCUCUAUCUUCGACAAAUAUGCUCAUCGUGUCCGCAAAUUAGACCUUUCCGGACAACAAAGGUUCCUGAGACGCAAUGGUGGUUACCCAUCUCUCACCGAGGAUUUAGGCGCAUUGCUCUAUUAUACAUUGAACUCCCCCCUCCUACCGAACCUCAGGCACUUAGCUUGGGCCCCUGGGAUGGGUCUCAAUUUACUUCGUCAUCUGCUCGGUCCACAUUUGCUGUCUCUGAAAAUACCCAGUCACCGCUGGAGCUCAGCAUCCACUCUAUUUGCCCUGACCAAAAUUCCUGCACUUUGCCCGAAAAUCAAAUCACUGACGCUGCAAGUUCAUUCUUGGGAUGGACAUAUAGACUCAGAAUUAACUCAAAGCUCACAUUGCAUAUCUCGGGUAAUCGGUUCCUGGCCCAAACUAGAGGAGCUGGACUGCAACCCCAUGACCUUCGAAGGUGUUCUACGCCUGUCUGGGAUGGAAUCUCUCAGAAUUCUCCGUCUGCAAGUUAACACCGCAUCUGUCAUUGACCUACCUCCAGACUCACUUUCAUUUCCAUCGCUGCAUACUUUCCAGUUCCAAACCGACACACUGGACACUGCUAUCACUCUUAUGAAAGCGAUGAAAAGCUUUCCUAUAUCUUUGAAGAUUGACGUGUUUGCGGGGCGGUCCCGCAGAGGAACUUGCAGUCCGGAAAUUGUUGGGGUCCUCUUGGGCCUCGUCAGUCGAGAUGCAUUGUACCACGAACUUCAACAUUUCAGCCUGAAUCUCCCAUUCCUUCUGGGAGAUAAUCCUGAAAAUGUCUCUGAGAUUCUACGACCCCUCUUCGUGUGUCGUGAACUUCAUACAUUAUCCCUACGAAUGUCAUCGCCAUUCACUCUCGGUGACGACGAUUUGGAAACGAUGGCUUACGCUUGGCCACUGCUCGAGGAACUCGAGCUGAUCGAUUUACGACCACGUGUAGCAACUCACACUCCCCCUCCCCUUCCACCCCCGCCUCCACCGCUACAACAGCUCAAUCCUCAACUGCUUUUACCACCCAUCACUACUACGGGUCUUGGUCAGGCAAAUCAAGCUCCUCAACCUCAGGUGGUUACUGUCACCAUACCCCACCAUAUACCUAUGCCGCUACCUCUGGCAAACGCUGGUCAGGCAAAUCAAUUUCUGUAUCCACCCGCGUUUACCAUUCCCCCUCCAGUAUUUCCAGUAUUUCCACCGCCAGACCUUUUCUUCCCUGUCAGAUCACGAACUGCUGAACUUACUUUCCACGGCCUCAUUUCGCUUUUGAAGCUAUGCCCAAAUCUUUACUACUUUGACCUAGCGCUCGAUGCUACCAAACUGGAUGAUCUGCAAGGCGAUAGUCCAGGCGGUGGUGUUUGUAAUCGACUGGUCAAGUAUGCCAGGCUUAUCGAUUCGCCUAUUGGCGAUCCCGAGGUGGUCGCUCGCAUCCUCUUCGACAUACUUCCUGAACUUGAUCCCCUUGCGGGGCCAAAUGCUCUACUGGCAGUCCCACCUCAACACCUGCCCGCACACAACAUGACGCCUCAAAGGUGGAACCUCGUUCGUCAGAGAAUGAUCGAUUUCAGACAUAAUGCGAGACAUGGUACACCACAGCCUGUUAGCGAGAUUUGAUCUGGAUGCAUUUGUUAUGUAUAACUACGUAUAAAAUUCUUGCUCAGAGUCUAUAUAAUAGCUCAACAGUCUUCAUACACGAUAUCUUGCAGGCAGAUUACUAUAUGAUGAAUGACCAGUGUGCGUUUCUAAUGUAGUUGUGUAAUUGUACCAGUCACCAGUGAAGUUGGGACGCGACCAACCAUUUAUUAUUAUGCAUGAAGUACAGUAGUAAAUAACAUCAUACGCAUCGGGUGACAUCCACCCAGGAUCAUUGUCCA